AGAACAGCAGCUCCACAGAGAUACAUUCAGAAGUCCUAUCCAGAGGUGCACUGCAGGACACAGACUCACAAACACUGAGACAACAUGAAAGCUGUUGCAGCCUUCUUGCUGGUGCUGUGUUACCUGGCUGGCAGUCAUGCAUGGAACUGCAAAGUUGGUCCACGGCUGUAUAACAUCAAACAGAUUGAUGCUGGACAGGGACAAGUGGUUGCAACAAACAAGUACAACCGGGCCUAUUACCUGAUUAGAACCUACUGGUACAGUAUGAGUUCAGACUACAUCAAGCAUGCCUCAGUGGGACCUGCAGGAAUUUGGGGAACUGACACCAAAAACAAGGUCUACAAAUACAUAGGUGGCAACUUCACACUUGUCAAUGGUCUGUCUAUGGAGCAGGUGGAUGCUGGAGGUGAUGGUCAGGUUGUUGGAGUUACACCCAGCACUUAUCGCGCCUACUGUUUGAGAGACAGUUACUCUCUGGCUUACAAAGGAACUGGUAGCGUGAGCUGGAAUUACCACUCAAGGAUUCUGAAGUACUACACCUGCGGCCCAAAGUACGGAUGCUGGGGAGUCGACUCGAGUUCGCGAGUCUACCACACACCGAGAGUCACCCCGAGCAGCUGCAGCUAUAGUAGCUGGAGAUAUGUGUCAGGACUGUCCAUGAAAAUGAUUGAAGUGGCAAGUGAUGGAAGUGUGUUUGGAGUGGCUACAAAUGGCCGGGUGUACCAAAGAACUGGCAUCUACAGCUCUCGCACAUAUGGCCUGUCUUGGUCCUAUGUCUCCAUGCAAAAGCCCAUCAGCCACGUGACCUACGACCUGGGCAAUCUCUGGGCAGUGACCACCUCUGGUUUGCUUCUGCAGUGCUCACAAUAAUAUUGUCAGUGUGGCAGAUGUUUAGUGUGCACCACUCUCUGUUUGUCAUGGAAGAUGUCUUGGCUUUCGUCUCUAUAAAGUUCGAUGCUUUCUUUACACUAUUCAGUGCACACAAUUAAAAGAUGAUUUGCAUUAGAUUUUUUUCUUCAAUGUAAUGUCUUUUUAAAUAAAGAACAUAAAGACAACAUUGUAAAUUACAUUAGGCAAAUAGUUUUUCUUUAAAUAAUCAAACUCACUGAACUGUGGAACAAAUAUGUGACAAUAACAGCUGUGCUAAACUGGUCACUUUUAGGAAUCCUGGGGAUGUGUAACUCGUACCUGUCAGUUGGCUUACUUUGUACUCUGUUAAUAAAUGAUACUGGAAUCAGUUUCAUCUGACUUUUG